AUGGUGCUCGACGGGACAAAGAUUCUUGCGUGGCUUGAAAAGCAGACACUUGAGGAGCAGAAACUCGACAAGCAAGAAACUCUGGAUAGGAUUCAAGAAUGGCUUACCCAAGAUGAUGAUGCCGCCGAGACGAGGAGCUUACUUAGCCGUCUGUGUGAAGAAUGCAUAAGGGUAACGAAAUGUGCCUUCAGGAACAUGAACAAGGACAAGCGCCUACCAAGCGUCGUGUAUCGGCGUCUGGAGCGGAGCGGUUGCUCCUUCAUCUUGUGGGCUGAUGGGCAUGGAGUCGUAGAUGGCAGGUUGGAUGAAGCUUGCCAGAAGUCGCGGAUGCUUCAAAGAAUCUUGCUGAAGCUUCUCACAGACAUUGGAAAAACACUAUCAAACAAGCUGGCACCACUAUUGACGGAAAACAAAGAUGAUGCCCAUGAGCAGACCAAGUCCCUGAAGGAUCUACUUGUGGAAGCAAAGGGAGAACUGCAACGCAAUGAUGAUGAAUCCGAAAGCGACGAAAGCGAGAGCGGCACAUCUUCAGCUUCUGAGUCAACUGACUGGGAGGAGAUCGCAGAUGACAUGUGGAUCGAGGUCGAGUGUCUCCUUGACCUUGAAUCUCUCAUAGAAUCACCGUUCAUGACUUUUCAGAGGACGAAAAGUAUCGACCCUUCUGCCGAAAACUCUCAACCGGGCAUAGGGUGCCAGUACUAUUCAGACCAUAUUCGCUAUCGAUUUCCGGAUGCCGAGCUUGAGCUUGUGGAUCGUCUUGGCAGAGCCAGCUGGAAUCGUUUCUUGAGAGUUCAGGAGAGCAAGAAAACCACAGAAAAUGACAUCAAAACUGAGGAUGGAGGUACUCUUCCUCCUCAGACGGAAAAGGGUACGCACUUCCAUGACUCAGGUUUGGGAACAUCACUCGCCACUCGAUCUGCAUACGCCGAAACCGCGAUGUCCUACAAGCAAAAGAACCAAAACUCCACGUCGGUCAAGAUACCUCCAAUGCCGACAAACGCUGGCAACGCCUUUGAAUGUUCCAUUUGUGGGCGUCAAGUCAAGUUUCCGAAUAAUUCCGCUUGGAAACGACACGUUUUUAGCGACUUGCGGCCCUGGAUCUGCCACAGUACUUCUUGUCUAUACGGCAUUGAGCCUUUCCAGUCACGUGAAGACUGGAUUCAACAUCUUACCUUGGAACAUGGCUUCGCGGACCAAGAAAGCUCAACUCAAUGCCCCCUGUGUCUAGAGUUCACGGGUGGUAAGAAAAAUGAGAAUUUGAAUCACAUAUCAAGCCAUUUGGAGGAAAUAUCUCUUUCGGUUUUGCCUAGUGCGUACGUAGGCUCGGAAUGCGAGUCUGAAAGCGACUCUUCUGGUGCCAUACCAACUUCGAUUCGAGCUGCAGGCCCAAGUACGGCUGAGGCUUCAGAGGGAAACGCCCUGGCCGCAUCAGCAUACUGGAGUCAAUAUCGCCCGUACCUCCCAUCAUGGUAUCAGACACCAUACUUGGUCGUCAACACCAGCAAGACUUGCCUCCCAUUGGCUUGA